GUUACGAGAGGAAAAGGAGUGGCUUUCUGGAGAUAGUCGUCCUCUCUGCCGGAGUGAGGUCUUCUCUCAGAGGUGGAUUAUUGGAAGGUAAAAUACAAGAUCUGACCGCAGAACCGCAACACGAGGCCUUACACCUCUUCGCUCAGAGUCCGUGCAGGUUCUUGUCAUGGCCUCAGCGGCUUCACCUAAAAGGAUGGUAUCGUCAGUGUUCAUCACGCUGGCCUCACCCCACCGGGCCACAGUGGCACAGAACCAGUCAGCCCUGAAGGCGGCGGGCAGUGCAAGCAGGAAGCAGCACCCCACCACCGAGCGAGUCGAUCCAAGUGAUCGCCUCCAUUCCAGAAGACAGAUGAAAGAAGACCAGCAGCCCAGCAGAAGAGAUUUGGGGGUCUCCGCUCCAGCCUCCGGGAGCCAGGCACCUGACAAGGCCAGAUCCAGUAGGGACACUCAUCAAGCUCACGUUGUCCAGAAUUCAUCUCCAUCUUCAUUCACCAAAGAUCCAUUGCUUCCUCCUCCUCCCACUGACCAGAAGCCUCUCUCCCACCCUGCGACCUCUGACCCGCAGACAAUUUACAACCCAGAGGUGAAGUCAGCAUCACCUUCUGCAGGCCCUGAAAAACCCACUGGUAUCCAAACAAGCAACACAAGAGAUGAGAGUCAAGACGUAUGUGGCUUCUGUCGGAAGCCUGUGAAAGUACCCGGAGCAGUGAUCGAGGCCUUGAACAGGACAUACCACGAUGGCUGUUUCCAGUGCAGAUCUUGUCAUACCCCUCUGGCCGGUAAACAGUACUACAACAAGGCUGGAAUCCCCCUCUGUGAAGACUGCUACCAGGCAAGUUUGGAGCUGUGCUGGGCGUGUGGCGAGGUCAUCAAAGACUACGUAAUGCGAGCUCUGGAACGAGCCUAUCACCCGUCCUGUUUCAUCUGUACAACAUGCAAACAGAAAAUCGGGGAGCAGAGUUUUGCCCAGGGGGAGGUCGGGGAGGUGUACUGCCUCCAGGAUUACUACAGGAAGUAUGCACCAAACUGCAGAGCCUGCAACCAACUCAUCAUUCCAAAAGAAGAUGGCACGGACAGCUACACGGUUCAAUGUUUGGGACACUCGUACCAUGAAAACUGCUACAGGUGUGAGACCUGUGGAAUUCAGCUCUCUCCGGAGCCAAAUGAGCGUGGUUGCUAUCCGCUGGAUGGGAGGAUGCUUUGUAAACAAUGUCAUCUCAACCAUGUUUCGACUGAUGACUGCACAUCAUUGGACAAACCAAAGAAACUAACUGGAGAUGCAAUGGGACGCUAGUGUCUCUCUCUUUGCUAAACAAGUUUUGCCCAUCAUUUUUUAUCUGCCAUUGAUAUGUGACUAUUGCACUUAAUAAAUAACAUACUAGAUGCACAAAUACAUCUUUCAAUACAGGAUAUAUAUAAUCUUGAAAAAAGCCAUGAGCAGACUGUCUCAUGUUCAAUGGAUGAUCAACUAUAACCGCUUUGAAUCUUUUUGAAUAUAUUUGAUCUUAUUGCCAUUUUUAUUCAUUAAUAACCACUAUUAUUGAAUGUGAUGGGGAUGAUUGUAAUAUUUUCAUACAAUACCAAUAUUAAUGUGAAGCCUUGACAAAAAAAACUCAUGCAGUUAUAUUAUCUGUUCUUUUCAUGUUUCAUAUAUAUUGACAAAUUUGCACUCAUCACUGACCAAAGCCAACAAAGACUUUGCUCUAUACAUUUCAGCAACCUUAAAAUGAUCAUAUUCUUUUAAAAAUGUCAAUGUGAAUGUGAACAAUGAUUUCAUACGACCCGGACCUGCAUGGAUUAAAUGGCAAUGAACGAAAGCGUAAUUUAUGGAAUUGUACAAUUGAUUUUGUUGGACCACAGGCUGUUGUAAGUGAAUAUUGAUGUUGUGUACAGUAUAUCCAGCGUACUUAUCUGGA